CAGGAGCGCUGCGUAGCGACCAGUAUCUGAAGCGGAGAAAUCUCCCCACUAAUUAAACAGCGUGAUAAGAAAACGGGCGAAUAUCGUGACCGGAUUAUUUCUACAGUAUCAUAUCCGACAAGACGACGAGAUCUGGAGUCUGUGUUACGGAUAAGAAACGUUUUUCAUUUCUUUUUCUUUUUUUCCCUGGUGUUUUUUUAUUUUAUUAUCACGCUCAGACGUCGGUACACAAAAGAGCUUUGGAGAUGAUGGUGAUGGUGAUGGUGAUGAUGAUGGAAAAACGGCUUCGCAUCACGAAUAGAAGCCGGACAACCACAAGACUUUACACCUGGAUGAAGUGAAGAGGGAUUUUUGGUGCUUGGAAAUCACGGGUUGAUACUCUGUAACAGACUGUUUGAGGUUCGUAUGAUCGUGUCCAGAUGCUGUCAUUGUGCUGUGGUCCGCUGCUGUGCUCCAGUAAGAAGGAUGCAUGGGAGUAUGCCAGCUUUCCCGUUGUUUCCCUCCGAUGUGCGCGUUGAUGCACGGCUUGUUUUAGAAGAAAGCAGUUUCAGAGAAGAAAUUCAUAUUUAUAAAGACAACCCCUGGGAAAUCUUGAACAAUCUGUGGUUUCUACAAGGCCAUUCCUUGUUAUAGACGACUACUGUUGAGUUUUACAGAUUAAGUUUUUAUUAAAAAAAAAAACCAAGUCGCUUCGGAGUGACUUCAUCGACCUCGCAUACUUGAAUUAUUGUAAUCUGAAUCAUUUAUCAAUGAUGGUAGAGCCUGUGGGAUUUAUCGAGGCCUGGAAGGCACAGUUUCCCGAGUCCGAGCCUCCGAAAAUGGAGCUGAGGUCCGUGGGAGGCAUCGAGCAGGAACUGGAGAAGUGCAAGGCGUCUAUUAGGCGACUGGAGCUGGAGGUGAACAAAGAGCGUUUCCGCAUGAUCUACCUCCAAACGCUGUUGGCUAAGGAGAGAAAAAGUUAUGACAGGCAGCGUUGGGGCUUCAGGAAGGCACAGAUGGCUGAGGGGGAUGCUCAAGCAGGUGGAGCUGACCCUCAGCACUCACAAACGCAGGAGCUUGGUCAGGGGGAUCGCACCAGAUUCCAACCUGUAGGAGAAGCCAGGCCUAAACCGCGGCCUCCUCCGGCUAGGAAAUCCGCCUCGCACGGAGACGGACUGGAACUGCAGUCAGCUUUUGAGCCCCACCAGCUAGGGCAGGGCAGUGAGACAGAUGGGCUUUCACCAUCUAAACAGAGGGGAGGAGUCUCUCCUCGCAGGCCGCAUCCUCCUCCUGACAAGGAGCUCCCAUCUGACCCAUGUCCUAAGGACAAGCCAGGCAUGGGGCUUGGGGUGGCCGCUUUGCGUUCUAACUUUGAACGGAUCAAACGAGCGAACUCGCACUCAGCCGGGGAUGGAAGAGGAGGCCAGGACAAGCAGCCUUUCUACACCAACAUGGAAUUCCAUCAUGAUAAGGGCCUGGUACGAGUGAAUGAUCGCGACGUCUCGGACAAGAUCAGUUCCCUCGGCACACAGGCCUUGCAGAUGGAGCGCAAGAGGUCACUCCAUUCCCUGCCAGGCAACUUGGCCACGGUCGCUGGUGACCUGCGCCCCAGGCCUGUCUGUAGGGGCCGAUCCAGCGAGAGCACAUGUGGCUAUGAUGCCGAAUGUGAAGAUGGAGAACCCAACCCUCGUUACAACAGCACUGCUCGGCCCAACGGAAACAAACCACCACCUCCACCAUGGCAUCCGUCAGAUUUUCAGCCCUACAGUGGGGUUUACGUGACCAGUGAAAGCAGUGAUGGUCGGGUCACGAUGCGAGAGCAUGCCAGUAAUGAAGACCAUCAUCUCACCUGGCCGAGGAGAUCCUACUCACCAGGAAGCUUGGAAGAUGUUGGUGGGGGAGGGGGCGGCUACACGCCUGACUGCAGCUCCAAUGAGAACCUGACUUCCAGCGAGGACGACUUCUCAUCAGGACAGUCAAGUCACGUGUCACCCAGCCCAACCGCCGCAUUCCGCAGGCCCUUCAGGGAGAAAAGCCGCUCACCCUCACAGAACUCUCAGCACUCACUGGACAGCAGUAGUCCUCCGACACCACAGUCCCAGAAGAGACACCGACAGCCACACGUAGUUGUUUCAGAGGCCACUAUUGUCGGUGUCCGCAAAACCGGUCAGAUCUGGCCCCAUGAUGGAGACUCCACCCCCUCUAUCAGGACAUCCCAUGAAAACAGUUACCAUGGAGAUCUCGAUGGUCCAUUCACGGGCACCCCUCCCACUUACGGUUACGACGCAGACCGGGCCGAAGAGCAGCGACGUCACCACGAUAUCCUGCCCUACAUCGAUGACUCUCCAUCGUCCUCGCCGUACCUCAGCUCCAAGAGCCGCAGCAGCAGAGACACUCUGUCCUCCGGUUCCCUCGAGUCCGCCAAGUCUGCGGACCUGGACCUGGAGAAAGGUCUGGAGAUGCGCAAGUGGGUUUUGUCUGCCAUCCUGGCCAGUGAGGAGGUCUACCUCAGCCACCUGGAAGCGCUGUUACUGCCCAUGAAACCACUAAAAGCUGCGGCCACCACGUCCCAGCCGGUCCUGACCAUCCAACAGAUCGAGACCAUCUUCUUCAAAGUGCCUGAACUCUACGAGAUCCACAAAGAGUUCUACGACAGCCUCCUUCCCAGAGUGCAACAGUGGAGCCACCAUCAGCGUGUAGGAGACCUCUUCCAAAAACAAGCAAGUCAGCUAGGAGUGUACCGGGCGUUCGUGGACAACUACGAACUAGCCGUGGAGACGGCAGAGAAAUGCUGCCAAGCUAAUGCACAGUUCGCCGAGAUCUCCGAGAACCUGAAAGUCCGAAGUACCAAAGAGUGCAAGGACCAGAUAGCCAAGUACUCCCUGGAAACUCUCCUUUAUAAACCAGUGGAUAGAGUAACAAGAAGCACACUAGUUUUACAUGAUCUGCUAAAGCACACACCCUCAAGUCACCCGGAUCACCCCCUCCUCCAAGAUGCCCUUCGUAUCUCGCAGAACUUCCUGUCCAGUAUCAACGAGGAAAGCACACCACGCCGUCAAUCCAUGACCGUGAAAAAGGGCGAGAAUCGGCAGCUGCUGAAGGAUAGCUUCAUGGUGGAGUUGGUGGAAGGAGCGAGGAAGCUGCGACACGUUUUCCUCUUCACUGACCUGCUGCUCUGUGCCAAGCUCAAGAAACAGAUCGGAGGGAAGAGUCAACAGUAUGACUGCAAAUGGUACAUUCCGCUGUCAGAUCUGACCUUCCAGGCAGCAGAGGAGACGGAGCCCGUCCCGAUCCCGCAGGUCCCGGAUGAAGAGCUAGACGCCGUUAAGAUCAAGAUCUCUUCCCUCAGGAGCGAGAUUCAGAGAGAGAAGAGAGCCAACAAGGGUUCGAAGGUCAUUGACAGGCUGAAAAAGAAGCUGUCAGAACAGGAGUCCCUGCUGCUGCUGACGUCUCCCAACAUGCCGCUGCGAGUGUAUAACAGAAACGGCAAGAGCUACAUGUUCCUGAUCUCCUCUGACUACGAGCGUGCCGACUGGAAGGAUAUGAUUCGCGAACAACAAAAGAAAUGCUUUAAGAGUGUGUCCCUGACUUCCAUGGAGCUCCAGAUGCUCACCAACUCCUGUGUGAAACUCCAAACCGUCCACCACAUCCCUCUGACUGCCAACAAGGAAGACGAUGAAUCACCUGGACUUUACGGCUUCCUGAAUGUAAUCAUCCAUUCUGCCUCUGGACUAAAGCAAAGCUUAAAUCUGUACUGCACGAUGGAGGUCGACUCGUUCGGCUUAUUUGUGAACAAAGCCAAGACGCGUGUAUACAGAUACACUACAGAGCCCAAGUGGAACGAGGAGUUUGAGAUUGAGCUGGAAGGCUCUCAGAUGCUGAGGCUGCUUUGCUACGACAAGAGCUACAAUAAAACCAAGACGAGCAAAGAAGAUGGAGAGAGCACGGAUCGUAUAAUCGGAAAAGGACAAAUUGUGCUGGACCCUCAGAUGCUUCAGGGUAAAGACUGGCAGAGGACAGUCAUUCCUAUGAACGGGAUUGAGUUGAAGCUGUCUAUGAAGUUCACCAGCAGAGAGUUCAGCCUGAAGCGAACGUCCUCGUGUAAACAAACAGGAGUGUUCGGAGUGAAGAUCUCCACGGUAACCAAACGAGAGCGCUCGAAGGUUCCCUACAUCGUCAGACAGUGUCUAGAGGAGAUUGAGAGGAGAGGGAUGGAGGAGGUCGGCAUCUACCGCGUCUCGGGAGUCGCCACGGACAUCCAGGCUCUCAAAACCGCCUUUGACACAAAUAAUAAGGAUGUCUCAGUGAUGAUGAGUGAGAUGGACGUCAACGCCAUUGCUGGAACUCUGAAGCUUUAUUUCCGGGAGCUUCCAGAGCCUCUUUUCACUGAUGAGCUCUAUCCCAACUUCGCUGGAGGCAUCGCUCUCUCAGACAGCGUGGCUAAAGAGAGUUGUAUGCUCAACCUGUUGCUGUCUCUUCCCGAACCCAACCUGGUCACCUUCCUCUUUCUACUGGAUCACCUGAAGAGGAUUGCUGAAAAGGAGAGCGUGAAUAAGAUGUCUCUGCACAACCUGGCCACAGUGUUCGGACCGACUCUGCUCCGGCCGGCAGAAAAAGACAGCAAGAUUCCCACGAACCCUACGCAGCCCAUCACCAUGGGAGACAGCUGGUCACUCGAGGUCAUGUCACAGGUACAAGUCCUGCUGUACUUCCUUCAACUGGAGACAAUUCCCACGCCGGAUAGCAAGAGACAGAGCAUCCUCUUUUCCACUGAGGUCUAGAAUAUAGCACGCUGAAGCAAGAUGAACUCCAUUAAGUGGACUAAUGAAUGAGAGAGAGAGAGAGAGACCCCUGCUGAACACUAGCAGGAAUAUCCAGACCCUCUCUAGAGGUCUACACCCAGCCACUGAAGGGCGCUGGCGGCUCACAUGGAUCAUAAAUACUCGUUCUUUCCCGAGCAUUCCUGACACGGCUUAGUGAUUCUGAACAUUAGUACUCUGCUCUGCUCCUUCUGCUGUCCCAGGAACUGUGUGGACUGUGGGUCAGUGCUGUAUCCUUGUAUCCCGUAUCCUUGCACACAUUCCGAUCAGCCAGUGUGGUUUCAAACCUCUUCCUCCUCCUUCUUUUCUGUUCCCUGAGUACUAGAGCCUGAACCGUGUUUCUGCUGCUGCCGUCAAAUAGUGCUCACGGCAUCAUUCCUGAGUCUGUACUCAUUUCCAGUGUUCUGGUGUCGCUGCUAGUUAAGAUCCGAGAUGCUUGCUUAAACCUGGGGCUUAUAUUUUUCCUUAUUUUUUUUUUUGUCAUUGUGUUUAAGUUAGGUUAUUAAACUUAUUAGAUAUAAGUCGACCAAAAAUGGAGCGUUGUCACCUUGAGGCGUCGUCGAAAGCAAUACGGGACGAUUAGACACGAGCGCCUUUGAUCGUUUUGAUCGCUCUUGUGUCAGAGAGAAAAAAAUUCAGUCACUGGGAUAACUGCGUAAAGAACGUAACACUGAACAUUGGUCAAUUUUAUUGUGUUUCAGUAAAAAGUGCAGUUUCUGUUCCGUUAAUAAUGUUUUUGUCUCUCAUGCCUAUUGUGAGCAAUAGUUUCAACAUAAUUAAAGGUGUUACAUUCUGUAGACAGUUCAAUAUGCAUUUUAUUAUUAUUAUUAUUAUUAUUAUUAUUAUUAUUAUUAUUAUUAUUUUGUAAUUGUCUUUAGGGAAGCUUUGUGGAAAUAUGUAUGUACAUAAUUUAAAAAUGUUUAAUUUUUCCCUUUUUUCUUUUUGGUAAGGUUUCCUUUUAGUGUAAUGAUUAUUUAUUUAUUUUUGGACAGGCUAUCUUGUCUAUUCAUUAAAGAAAUCGCUCAUAAGGAAGUAUCUAAAAGUAUCUAAGACUAAUAUAUAUAUAUAAAACUGGAGCGACCUUUGACCUACUUUACCUAGUUCACAUUAAGCCACAGAUAGUCACUGUGUCCUGACCUGCACCCUUUUUUUGUGCACUAUUUUUUUUUGUAAUCCGAAAGCAUCGUGGGAAUGUUCUAGUGUGCUCUUGAGAUCCCUCAGUGCGCCAAAAAAGCAAAGGAAACGUGUCCAAAUGAUGUACAGAAUACCCAUAAUGCACUUUGCAGUUUGUAGGGAAUAGGGAAUAGGGAUUCGGAGGCUAUUUUGCAAACACAACCGGUGAGUUUGUUUAGUAUAUCUGAAAGAAUGCAGGGACCACGUGUUUGUCCUCGUCCUUCACGUCCCAGCGAGGAGACGCUGUCCACUUUCUGAAGGAUCGUUUGGAGACUUCUCGUUGUCUGUGUCCUUUUCUGAGACGUUUACGACUCUGUCUUGUUUUUUUUUCCCCUCUUCCUCUCAUUAUACAGCAGUGCCUCGCUGUCUUUGUGUAAUAAAGCUACAUUUUGUCUCUAAGUAACUCUGUAUAUCUACAUGUAAUAACAUGGGGGAAGAAAACAUGCGCAGUGUUGCGCUUCUGUCCUCUGAUUUUGUUUUUGGUCAUCCUCUCUGUGAUUAGUCAGCACUGUGUUCUGCGACACCAACAAGCGCCUCCUUUCAUUCAUGUUCAUAUCAGUCUCUGAGCUGUUAGAAAGCAUGCAAAAAAAAAAAAAAAUCACAAUUUUUUUACAAUAAAAUUAAAUUCAA